AUGGCGUCUGUACCUGGCCAAACGGCCGCCGCUGCCGAUGCUGAUGCCCAGGACGCCAAGUCAUCCAAGCAGGACAUCAACCCCUGGUCCGUGUCUGGCGAGGUCGGUGAGGAUGGUAGAGUCAAAGCCAUUGACUACCGUAAGCUCAUUGACGAGUUUGGCACCAGCUCGAUUGACGAUGCGCUCUUGCAGCGCUGGGAAAGAGUCACGGGCAGCAAACCUCAUCGCUUCAUGCGCCGGGGCAUCUUCUUUAGUCAUCGGGACCUGAACAUGAUUCUGGAUCGUUACGAAAAGAAUGAGCCGUUUUUUCUCUACACUGGCCGUGGGCCAAGCAGUGACAGUAUGCACAUUGGUCACACUCAAGUCUUUGACUUUGUCAAGUGGCUUCAAGAUACGCUGGAUGUCCCUUUAAUUGUCAUGUUGACUGAUGAUGAAAAAUACCUGUUUUCUGAGAAGCGUACUGUUGAGGAAGUGAUGGGAUACAGUCGUACAAACGCCAUGGACAUCAUUGCUGCUGGUUUUGAUGCUAAAAAGACCUUCAUCUUCUCCGACUUCGCCUAUGUUGGUGGCGCUUUCUACAAGAACAUAGUCCGGUUUGCCAAGAGAGUUACCUACAAUACAGCCAGGGCAAUCUUUGGCUUCGAUGGAAGCUCGAACAUUGGAAAGAUUCACUUUGCAAGCAUUCAAGGCGCAACGUCAUUUGCAUCCUCGUUCCCGCAUAUCUUUGGAGAGGACGAAAAGAAGACAGGCAGCAUCCCUUGUCUGAUUCCAUGCGCCAUCGACCAGGAUCCCUACUUCCGUCUCACCAGAGACUGUGCCUCUGGGCUGAAAUUCGCCAAACCUGCCCUGAUCCACAUGAGAUUCCUUGACGCCUUGCAAGGUCCUGGAUCCAAGAUGUCGGCCAGUGAUGACAACUCUGCAAUUUUUCUGAGUGACACUGCUAAGCAAAUCAAGAAUAAAAUCAACAAAUAUGCGUUUUCUGGAGGCCGCGAGACUCUCGAGGAGCAUCGUGAAAAAGGCGGCAAUGCUGACGUCGACGUGGCCUAUCAGUACCUCACCUUCUUCAUGGAAGACGACCAAGAGCUCAAGAGAAUCAAGGACGACUACACGAGCGGAAAACUGCUCACCGGCGAGCUGAAAAGUAUCUGCAUUGAACAUCUUCAGAACUACGUCGGCUCUUUCCAGGAGCGACGAGCGAAAGUUACAGACGCUGUUGUGGAUGAAUUCAUGUCUGUGCGACCCUUGGAGUGGAAUGGCAAUCCCCGAGUCCCACGGGCGGAUCUCAUCGUACCAGUCGCCAAGGCGGCAGGCGGGCCAGCAGCCGAGUCCACUGGAAGUGAGGAAAUGAGCAAGAAUCAGCUGAAGAAGCUCCUCAAAGAGCAGCAAUUAGCAGCAAAGAAGGCCGCAAAAGCCAAGGAAAAGGAAGAAACUGCAGCAGCGGCGGCGGCGGCGGCGGCGGCAGCAGCAGCAGGAAAUGCGCCGUAG